AAGUUCGAAGAUGGCAACGAGGAGUGACAGGAAACGUAGAGUAGCCGAGAAACCGGCACACGAGAGUACCGUUUUUUACCAUUGGGCUGUAAAUCUUUUGGGUCUUGGUUUUGGUUGUUUGCAUCGCUGGCAUGUAUCCACGCUGUUCGAAAAUGACCGACACUUUUCUCAUCUUUCGGAAAUUGAACGAGAAAUGUCCUUCAGGACUGAGAUGGGGAUGUAUUAUUCGUAUUAUAAGACCAUUGCUGAAUCCAAAGGUUUUUACGAUGGAAUGGAAAGGAUCACUCACGACAAUCUGUCAGAGUACAACAAUGUCAUUGAUGCCAGCAGAAAAUAUAGUCUGUUACCCGAGAUUCUAGCAGGUUUCCUUUAUCAUAUUGCGAGGACUCUUGGUAUCAUAUCUCAAGAACAAUGUUGGCAGAUAGAAAGAGGAGAUGGUUUGCCACCUAUUACUAGCUGUGAGGGCCUGGGUGUACCUGUAUACUUCUAUUUGGAAAUAGUCUGGUCCACCACAGUUGUCACAGCAGCAGUACUCUUUUACUACGCAACGUACUUGAGUAAUUCCAUUUACGGUGGACUCAUAACAAUUCUGUUCUUCUUUUUCAAUCAUAACGAAUGUACUCGCGUUCAAUGGACACCACCGUUGCGAGAGACUUUCGCGUAUCCUGUGUUACUCUUUCAAAUGUAUUGCGUUACUAUGGCUAUCAGGAAAUAUACAAGACAUGAUGCGGCGAAAGAACCAGUUUCGUUAAGAAACAAAACUAAGCAAGGGCUAUUCAAUGAUAUAUUUUGGUCGACAAUUUAUAGCCUGUGCAGUUGGCAAUUCUCGCAUUUCGUUUUCACCACGCAAAUUAUAGCCAUUCUUAUACUAAAAUGGCUGAGGAUCGUUCCGUACGAGUUCUACAAAAGUUUUUGUAAAGCACACGCUUUAGCAAUCGCAGCGGCAAUUACGAUAACAAACGGCACUCUUUGUUCACUUUACACGUGCAUUAUGAUCGGUAGUAAUGUGGCCAGUUUUAUAAUGAGAUUGUCUCGAUUUCAAAACAUGAAACGAGAAAUAAUUCUCGAAAUUGCCCUAACGAUAACUUUGACAAAGUGGAUAAAAUCCUACAUUCUAUAUUCCCAGGACGACGCCCACGUAUUUAACAUAUUGAAGUCAAAGUUGACAAACUAUCGAGAUUUCCAUACUAUGCUUUAUACGUGUUCCGCAGAAUUCGACUUUCUGCAGUACAAAACUUACGAAGCGAUUAUUAAGACCUUAUUACUACCAACAGCGAUACUCGUUGGAAUGCUCGCACUGUAUUACUGGUACAGAAGUUUUAAGACGAGCAGUUAUCCGUUUUGCAUAGAGGCCGACAUGGCAUACAAUGGCCUACAGGUCGGCGCCUUCAUCAUUAUGGCCAUUUUUAUUAUGAGAUUAAAGCUGUUUAUGACACCGCAUCUCUGCAUAAUAGCUGGUGCCGUGUGUAGCAAACGAUAUCUCGAGAAAAUCGGCUUGAAAAGUGAACUCGUGCGGUUCGUCAUUGUUAUUCUUUUACUAGGUGGCAUGUCGUACCAUGGCAUCGACAGAUUCCAAGAGGAACGUGGAUUCAUAGGUGAAUACAGUAAUAUUGACCAAGAAGAAUUAUUUGAAUGGAUAAAAGAUAAUACUCCGAAACACGCUGUAUUUGCGGGAAAAAUGUCUUUGAUGGCGAACUUAAUGCUGUCCACUAGGAGACCGAUCGUCAAUAAUCCUUAUUACGAGAGCAAGGAAAUGAGAGAUAGAACUCUGAAAGUUUAUGAGAUUUUUAGUCGGAAAGAUGCUUCCUCUGUGUAUACCUCUUUAAGAAACAUGAAAGUCAGUUACGUUGUAUUAGAGGAACCGUUGUGCCUUGGAUUUGCAAACGUGCCGCAAGGAUGUCAAAUGAUCGAUUUGUGGGACAUGACUGAUAAUGGAGCGGCGAAAGCGGCAAACAAACCGCCUCUAUGCACUCUUUUAUUCAAAGGAAACGCGUAUCCGUUCAGAAGAGCGUUUGUUAACAACAACUACGUUGUGUUGCAAUUGGAUUAUUCGCAUUACGUAGAAUUUAAACCAAAGACUUCCAUGCCAUUGCAUUAUCAGUUCUAGAGUUUCCAAAAAAUAAGUAAAACUUUUCUCAAGAUAUGGCAUACCUUGUGAGAUUACAAAAGCCUAUUUUUCUUAAAACAGAAGAGUAUUAUCUAUACGGAAAAAAUAUAUUUUUUUUAUAAUAUAAAGAUUCGUACAGAUUAUUCAUCAAGUUAAAUAUUAAAUAUUGACACUGCAAACUUAUAAAAGUUUAUCAAGUCUAGCCUUAUAUGCAAUUUGUGAAGGGGCAUUAAAAUAUUUUAAGAGACAUACAAUAUUACUGAUAUUAUGAAAUCAGGUUUAUGUUCUGUUUAUUUUUUUUAAUUUAAUCUUAGUCUCAACAUAGAAAUCUCCUAAAACACAGUUUAACAUUGCAACUAUUAACAGAAUGCAAUGUACAAAACGUAUUCGUGACAUUAUAUUUGCUAAAUUUCAUAAUAAUGAAAGUAAUUGUUAAGUGACUAGUUGUUAAAGGUUAAUGAAAAUGAACGAAAAAUAAGAUAAUGCCUCAUUUCACAAUGUGAUGUACAUACUUGUGAUAAUUUUCCUAUAUUUAAUAUUAUUGCACACUUAUAUCGCUUCUUGAUGACACGAAUAAUUUCGAAUAAUUUUUAAGUAUUACAUUUAAUUGCAUAUGUGUUCAUUCAAUCGCUAUAUGACGAACAUGAGACAUCUGUGCCAACCUCAAGCAUUAUUUAUAUUUGUACAACUAUUAAGUUGCAUCUCUCAAAUUCAAAUAAAUAUCUUAUCAAUUAAUGAGCAUUUUGUAAUACGCAUAUUGGACAAUAAUUCUUCACUUUAAUAUCGAUUGUACUUAUUAAGAUCGCACAUCCAUCGUAACAUGACUAUAAAUGUUAUCGUAAUUGUAAUAAUGACAUUAUAAAUAAAAAGCAAUGUGCGACAAAAAGGAA